ACACAAACACCCUCAAUUUCAUAUGAUAUCAAUCUAUAUAUAGUUUGAGUCGUUACAAAACCAACCAUAAAACCCAUAUUCAUUUAUCUCAAGUUUCUACUUUGUUAUAUAUGGCUUACAGUAACUGGUAUGACUGGAACAUGAGUCCCUCAGAAUCCAACAAUGAUGAUGAACAUCUGAACUUGAGAGAGUUAUCCAAGUAUCCGCUACCACUCGGGUUAAAACUCACAUUGACACCCGAUAUGCUUCCAUACUCGGAACAAAACACAAAUGCUGUUACUGAAACUUCAUGUCAACAUGAAUCCAAGAAAGUUGAGAAGUUGAAAGCUGUUCAUUUUCCGAUAUAUAUGCUUAUGAUCGGGCUUUUUAAGAUCGAAGCUAAAUAUCCUGCGGAUUUGGUAGCUAAGUUUUAUUAUGCUAAACGGAAACUUGUUUGGGAGAUAAUGCGUGAUGGUUUAAAGGACAAGAUUGAAAUACAGUGGCGAAAUAUUUCGGCCAUCCGAGCUAUUAUCGAGGAUAACUCACCGGGUAUCCUAGAAAUUGAGCUAGACAAAGUGCCAUCCUUCUAUCGAGAGAUUGAACCAAAGCCCGGAAAGCAUACUGUGUGGACCUUAUCUCAUGACUUCACUCAUGGUCAAGCUUCCAAAUACAGGAAGCACUGUCUUCAAUUCCCUCAUGGAGUUCUCGACCAAUAUUAUGCAAAGCUCUUGCAAUGUGAUAAUCGAUUGCUGGAACUGAGCAAGAGGCCUUUUCCUAGUUCGUGUGCUAUUUAUUUUGAUUCACAUUUAGAUAAGAGGACAACACAACUUAGUUUUUCUCAGGAUGAUUCAAAAAACAUGGACCAACAAGUUCAAAUGUUUGGCUAUAUGCCUCAAAUUAUUAAUUAUGAUAACCCAACUUCAGAUGAGGCAAUCAACAAUCAAAUGCAUCAAGAUCCAAUGAUGUCAACCUCUUGGAGUCAAGGGUUUCAUUAUGAGUAUGACACUUCACUUUCAAUGGAGUCUGUCCCACAUGAAAGUUGCAUUCAAGCACAGCCAAGUGGACCAGGUGUAGGAGGCUAUGAUUUCCAAGAAAAUGAAUUCAACCCAACACAUAUGAUGGAUAGUGCCAAUGUAGCUUACCAAAAUUUUGGUCAAUCAAUUGAAGCAAACCUUGUUUACAACACAAAUACAAGCACACAAUUUGAUUGGUCAAUGUUCACCUGAUUACUCUCGAAACCCACUGUUUGCCAUAUCAAGUGUCAUUUUUUAUUUUUUUCAUUUUCACAUAGAUUAAGAAGUUGUAAAUGAAUAAAAGAGUGUAAUGAUUUUGCAAAAUUAUCAUUGUUAACCACUAUCACAUUUGAGCAGUUAGAAUGAAAGUAUAGCUUGCUGCUGGUGAUAUGUGGCAACCUGUUAAACAAGGGCAUGAGGUUUUAUACCUGUCCUUAAAUCUGUUAGUCGCAUGCAUGUCUUGAUGUUCACUGCUAUCCAAUCUGAGACCCUGAAUGAGCAUCUUUUAAGAAGCCGUAUAGAUUUUGACCUUUACCAAGGAACUUUCUGGCUAUGCCCUUAUUUAGGGAAGGCGACUUGUAUCAUUAAAAGAGAC